AUGUCCAUCACAGACCACGACCCCAUCCCGGUCCUCAUCAUCGGCGCCGGUCCCUGCGGCCUUCUCCUCGCAUACAUGCUCGCCAAACUCGGCGUCCAAUCCCUCGUGAUAGAGCGCUACCCGACCCGUCUCGCAGCGCCCAAAGCCCACGCCCUCUCGCCUCGAUCCCUCGAACUCUGUCGCCAGUUCGGGCUCGACGUGAACGCGAUCCGAGAGAUGGGAUCGCCCCGCCCGGACGCGAUGUGGGUGAACUUCGUGACGGAUUUAAGUGGGCAGUUGGUGGGCAGGUUGCCGUAUGAGAGGAUGGAUAAGGGUGUUUUGGAUGAUACACCGGCGAUGAUUCAUAAUAUCCCGCAGCCGGAUUUCGAGGCGUUGGUUGGUCGUGAGUUAGAGGGGGGCAGGGUGGAGGUUAGGAAGGGGCAUUCGUUUGUGAGGCUGCAGGAGUUCCCGGGCUACGUCGAAGCGACUGUUGAAGAUCGAGCCGCGGGACGAGAAUACACGGUGAAAUGCGCCCAUCUGGUUGGCUGUGACGGGGCCAAGAGUGUUGUUCGCAGGGCGCUGGGUAUAGAAUGUGAGGGGGAGGAUUCAUACGAAACCAUGAUGACCAUCCAUAUCAACGCGGACUUGCGUCCCGUGCUUGGAGACCGAGUGGGCAUGCUGCAUUGGAUCAUGGACCCCGACGUGGCGGGGUUCAUCAUCGGAUACGAUCUGUCUGGGAAUCAGGUUCUGAUCUGUAACUUUGAUGCAGAAAAACACCCGGUUGACUCGUGGGACGAGAUACUCUGUCGCAAGACGGUAGAUGCAGCUAUUGGCACGAAGGUGGAAUAUGAUGUGCUGAGCUAUAGACCGUGGAUUCUGAGCCGAAAGGUAGCGAAGGAGUAUCGCAAGGGCCGGGUUCUUUUGGCUGGAGACGCCGCUCAUUCCUUCCCUCCUACUGGAGGCUUAGGCCUCAAUAGCGGGUUGGGCGAUGCCCACAACCUGGCAUAUAAACUGGCAGCAGUGCACCAUGGGUGGGCCAGCGAUAAGCUCCUAGAUACCUACGAGUCUGACCGCCGACAAGUAGCCGUCGUGAACUCAGAACAGAGCGUCAAGAACGGCAAGGAGAUCUUCAACCUCCUGAAGACACUGGGGACGACAGAUGCCGACACGAGCGUGGCACGACAGAACCUCUACCGCAACAUUGAAGACCCAGAGACCAUCCAACAGAUCAACCAGGGAAUCGAGGGCCAACGAGAACACUUCGAUAAUCUGGGCCUGCACAUCGGAUACGUGUAUGGUGAUCGCCGCAUCCCCGAGAACGCAUCCAUCUACCGUGCGGCCUGCGUGCCUGGUGCUCGGCUCCCUCACGCGUGGAUCCGGCUUUUACGUCCCGAGAAGAUGCCUCUGCCGCCGAUCGACUCAUCAUAUGUAGCUGAGCUAUCGGUUGAUGAGGUGCAGGCGCGACAAUUCUCAACGUUGGACCUUUGCCCCUUUGACGGGUUCACUGUGUGGGUGAAUCAGAAGACAUCUGCAUAUUGGCAUCAGGCCAUCGAGGAGAAGCAGCAGCUCCCCACCGGAAUCCGGGACCGGUUGAGAAUCCAGACGGUCGUGCACGGGGUGGACUUUGAAGUGCAGGCCGGGGAAAGUGGCGAGAAGUGGGUGCAGCUGAUGGGGUUGGAGGAUCAGGCCAUUGUGGUGCGUCCGGACCAGCAUAUUCUGGGGUGUGUUCGAUAUCCGGGGGGAUCGGAGCAGUUGUGGCGCUUGUUGAGGGCGCAUUUGGGGUGGGACGAAGCGAUUCCCACUUGGAGUAGUACGGAGUAG